CGCGCGCGCUCACGCACCGGCCACUUGUGUUGUCAAACACGUUCAGUAAUGGCAUUGCUCUUUUGCGAUUUCCUGAACAGAAUACGAAAACUUAAACGGGAUUAUGCUUCUUGAACUUCGUCUAUUUCGUGGAAUAAGUGGUUUUAAGCGCUUAUAUCGACCGGGCUACGCAUUGGUUUCCCUGUGAUGUUUCUGGCUGUAAGGAUGGCUUACAUUCAGUAUAUUCCCGCUGCUCAGAAACAUUCAUCUACUUUAUGUAGCAUAGGACCUUAAAAGCAACCCGAAUUUUUUUUUUUUAAAUAAAGAUCAUAUGUGUAAAAAACGAUAAGGUAAACCAAAAGCCAAGUCCAAAGUUUCACGACCAGAGAAGAUCAUGACAUUGUAAAUCCACUUUUCUGGAAGCUGGACAAGAGCCAUGGGCAAGGAGCAGGACCUUCUUCUGGCUGUGAAGAAUGGAGACCUUCCUUCAGCUCAUAAACUUCUGGCCAAGAUCAAGACCAACAGAAAUAAGUUGCUGGGCUCCACAAAGAGGCUGAAUGUGAACUACCAAGACCAAGAUGGUUUUUCAGCACUUCAUCAUGCGGCUCUCACUGGCACAACUGACCUCUUGUCUCUGCUGUUGGAGGCACAGGCCACCGUGGACAUCAAAGACAGUAAUGGUAUGCGUCCAUUGCACUAUGCUGCCUGGCAGGGGAAGGCUGACUCUGUACUUAUGCUGCUGAGAGCCGGAGCUUUUGUGAAUGGGGCUUCACAUGAUGGACAGAUCCCUCUCCACCUGGCUGCACAGUACGGACACUAUGAAGUGUCUGAAAUGCUACUACAACACCAGUCCAACCCCUGUGCCGUCAACAAGGCAAAGAAGACCCCCCUGGACCUGGCCUGUGAGUUUGGUAGACUCAAGGUGACCCAGCUGUUGUUGAGCAGUAACAUGGUGGUAGCUCUCUUAGAGGGGAACGGCAGAGAUAACACCCCCCUGCAUCUUGCUGCUCGCAAUGGUCAUAAGGACAUCAUCAGACUGCUGCUGAAAGCUGGGAUUGACAUCAACAGAACCACUAAAUCUGGAACGGCUCUGCACGAGGCUGCCCUCUACGGGAAAACGGAAGUAGUAAACUUAUUGCUUGAUGCUGGGAUUGAUGUGAACAUCCGCAACACCUACAAUCAAACAGCCUUGGACAUUGUGAACCAGUUCACCACCUCACAUGCCAGCAAAGAAAUCAAACAACUCCUUAGAGAGGCCAGUGGAGCAUUACAGGUGAGAGCUUUAAAGGACUACUGGAAUCUCCAUGACCCCACUGCACUCAACAUCCGGGCAGGAGAUAUAAUCAUGGUCUUAGAACAGCACAUGGAUGGACGUUGGAAAGGACACAUCCAUGACAGUCAGAGAGGCACUGACCGUGUGGGAUUCUUCCCUCCAUCCAUUGUGGAAGUCAUUAGUCGUAGAUCAGGGGGCGUUCUCUCCCGACAGGCCUCACUGCCUAUCCAGAGACAUCCCAUUCUGUCCAGAGCGCUGCCCUCACAAAGUUCUCCUCACACCUCUCACACUGACGACUCCUACACCUUAUACUCAUCCACCCGUCCUGUACUGUCUCACCACAAUGGGCUGGAGCAGCACCCAGGUGCCAUCCCCGACAGUCCCAGUGCCCUGUGUAAGCCAGCUAGUCCCAAAGAGCCAGAGGAUAUUUGGGUCCUCAGGACCUCUGUUAAUGCAGGUGACCGGAACAGUGUGGGCAGUGCAGGCAGCAUGGGCAGCAGUCGCAGUGCCGGCAGUGGACAGAGCACUGAAGGAAAUAAUGGACCCAGUCGGUUACCUUCUUCUGUCCAGGACCCCACCAAGCUGCCUCCCUCUGCUGGAGAACUGGUGGAACAGUGCAGUCAUGCCCCGGCCCCCGCAAAACACACGGACCCUCAUUCAGGUUCUCUUGGAUGGAGGAUUCCACUGAGCGGCUCCAGACCUGGAGAACAUCAUGUCAUACACCCACAGCAACUUCUAGAUGGCAAGGAUGCUGAGGCUAUUUACCAGUGGCUCUGUGAGUUUCAGCUUGAGCAGUACACAUCUAAUUUCCUCACAGCUGGCUACGAUGUGCCCACAAUCAGCAGAAUGACCCCUGAGGAUCUCACCGCUAUUGGCGUUACAAAGCCUGGCCACCGCAAGAAGAUCUCCAUGGAGAUCGGCAACAUGAAUAUCCCAGAAUGGUUGCCGGAUUACAUUCCAUCUGAUAUUGGGAAGUGGCUCAGUGCUAUUGGGCUGCCACAAUACCAAAAAAAGCUAGCAGAGAAUGGAUAUGACUCCAUCAGCAUAGUGCAGGAAAUCACAUGGGAGGAUCUGCAGGAAAUUGGCAUCACUAAACUGGGCCAUCAGAAAAAGCUGAUGCUUGCUGUUAAGAAGCUCAGUGACGUCCAGAAGGCUCGUAAGAACCAGGCUGAAGGGCAGGCAUUGCUACAGCGCAGGAGACUUCCUCCCGCCCUCGAGCUGGUGGCCAUCGAGCAUCACGACAGCUCUGAAUGCCCCUCAUCACCUCUAUCUCCAAAGAUGCUCACAUUCCAGGACAGUGAGCUGAGCAUUGAGCUACAGAACGCCAUGGCGAGCAGUGGAUACGGUGGAGGCCAAGAUGGUCUCAGUAACAUGAGUGGAACAGCCAUGCGUCUUAGUCAAGAAAGCAUUGGUACACGGUCAGGAGGGUCGGGACGGUCGCAAGAACGUCCAAUGGCAUCGGUAUCCCCCAACAGCUGCUCACAAGAGAGCCUAGGCAGCAUGGACAACAGUCCCAACAAGGAACAAUAUGCCAUUAUGCAAUCUCAGGAUAGAAGCCAAAUAUCACCUGUCAAAAUGGCACCAGUGUUGCCACUACAACCUCAUCAGCCCUCAUCUGGCAGUCCAGCAAGAACACCACCCAUAACCACUAGUAAAAUAGCACGUUUUGCAUAUCCCCCCAUCCUCGCCAAACCGAGACCGGUGGUUUCUCCCUCUCAGCCCCAUCCUGGAUCACCUCUUCAGAGGGGCUUUAGCUACCUCCCUCAUCAAAACUGCAACACCAACAUGGGAAGCCCAAGUCUAGUCAGAGCCAUGCAGCCAAACGGGGACACAUUGCGAUCCAAAAAACGCGCACAGAGUCUUUCACGCUAUGCCAUGUCGGAUGGAGAGAACGAAAAAGAUGACAUCUCCACUCCUACGACAACUUCCACCAAUGUGGCAUCUUAUGCCACGCUUACUCGCAAACCAGGCCGCAGCCAACCAUCUUACAGUUCCAGUGAGCAUCAAGUGGGCCGCAGUCAUUCCUUCGCCAUACGUGGCAGAAGGAAAGGUCCUCCUCCUCCCCCUCCAAAGCGACUAAGCUCUGCCCAGAGUGGGGUAACUACAAGUGGGGUUGAUUCAGAGAGCGCAGGAAGCGUCAGAAGCAUUGCAUCCAGGCUGGAGAACAAUACAGGAAGCCCCAACAAGAAAUGUAACAGCCCUGUUUCUAAAGCCAUGUCCCCAGCCAUCUCACCAAAAAAUAUGGAAAACCAUAGGAGGACUACUAGUGAAUCUUCUGUGUAUAAAACGAAGCAUGGUGGAGAGAAUCCUGCUGGUGAAAACAUCAGCCCUUUGAGGAACCAACGAAGUUCAACAUCCUCACAGGAGAGCAUACCUUUCGCAGAAGAGGGCAAAGUUACAAUCAAACAAAAGACCAAAAUAGCAUCCCCUAAGAUAGAGUCUGAGGCUGGUGUUGAUAUUUUGAAGCUGGGGCAAUCUAUCAAAUCAUCCCUAGAGGUGCAUGAGUUUAACUUAAAGGAAUCAGACACAGUCAAAAGGAGACAGAAGCCAAAAGAAUUGCAGAUGAAAGGUCAGGGCACCAGCAUGGAAAUAGGAAAUGAGAAGGCCACAGAGACAGAGAUCAUAUCGCAGUGCAUGCAGAAUGGUGGAUUGAUAAAAAAUCCUUAUAAAUCAGUCCUCUCUCCGAAACCAGGAUCUCCACAUAAACCUCCCACCCCUUCUAAGCCCACACGCCAUUCUUCUGCAGCAAACUCAGGACGGACAGUCAGUGUCGUACAGAGCUUGGCCUUUGCCGUCACACCUCCAUGUAGCCCUCUGGCUCGCUGUCCACCAAACAAAACACCUCAAGGUCAGUCUGUGCUAACAGGAAAGUCUGCGACGGAAGGCCAUAACGUGCUGGUCCACAAACGACUUGAGCAAACCAGCACCUCUCUCGAGGCGGCACUAAAAGUUGUGGAAAAGAAGUUGGCUCAGGAAGAUCCAGCAGACAGGGGCAUUAACACAGUGAAGUCAGCUGGGAACAUUCUUGAUGAUAUUGGGAACAUGUUCGAUGAUCUUGCUGACCAGCUGGAAGCCAUGUUGGAUUGACCUACUGUAAUUCCUUAAGGUAUAACCUUUGAGUUGGGCCUUCACACGGGAGCUUCUGGAUGUUUUUAGACGUGCAAUGUCUAUCUUUUCAGACUUUGUUUACGCACUUUAGUGGUCCUGCUUACAAGUAUUGGUUUUUAACAGUUGAAUUAAAUAAGCUAAUUUAAGAUACCAGUAGUAACAGACUGUUGGCUGGAUCGUGCUUCAAUUUCUAAAAGAUCCUGAACUGUUCCUUUCUGCAUCUUUGUCUCACUGGGACAGAAAGUAUCUGCAGUGAAGAUUGCAAAAUGUCAGCACUUACUGUUCAGAUCUACUGCUCUUAAGCUCUUUUAAAAGAGACGCUUUAAUUUCCUGUUGUGCUCAGCUCAAGACUCACAGUUGGCCUCUAGAGAAUGGAUAUACUGUGUAAAAUCUAAGUGAGAUACAACCUACUUCAAGUGCUCUGAGAUUCAUCACUCUUCUGUUUUGUUUUCUGUAGACUGAAAGAUCCUUUAUUCUCUGUUCAAAAGCAAUAAUACAGCUAAUCAAAAACAUAACCAAGAAAAUGCUUGAUUUAUUAAUAACCCAAACCAAAUGGACCAAGUAUGUUUGACUGUACUGUAACUUUAACUAUCAAAAAAGGUCCAAGUCCUUGCUAAAGAUUCUGUUUUAAGUAUAUUUUUAGUUUCACUGUACAUUGUAUGUUCCAAUGUGCAUAAGAAUUCAACUAGAGCUCAACAUGUUAAGAAAAUGACUUUUCUUAGCAAACUAAUAGUAUAUUUUGACAACCAAAGUUUUGGGGAAAGAGAAUCAUUUAAUGGAUUGCAUCUAUUAUAUAUUUUUGUACCAGAAUGAUAAUUUAUUGGGUUUGUCAGGUUAAAAAAAAUGGAGUUCUGUAACUCUGACUGAAAUUAACAAGCAAAAACUGAAACUGUUGCACUACAUUUUUAGGCUCAGCUGACCAAAAAGAUAACCUUUAUUUUAAUAAAAUGGGGCCCAUGUGGUUAAAACACACAAAAACAUCACCAAAACAUGAUCUGGUAGAAUAUACAGGACAAGAAGUGUUCCAAUGGAGCAUUCAUUUAAACUCACUUCUGACUCUUUGGUGUGUAUGCAUUAUGUAUCUUACUGGAUGAAUUUAUUUCUGCAUGUACUGUACACUGGCAGGAUGAACAGUACUUGACUGGAAGAGACCUUUCUCUAAUUGUAUGAUGUGAACUACAUUAUUCAAAAGAACUGUAUAUGUAAAAACUGCAAAAAGACUAGACAAUCCUGUUCUUGCAUGCUUUUUUUUUUCUAAGUAACAAACUGGAAUUACAGGUUUUGUAUUAUGUGGUGUACUGAUAUUUUAAUGGACUUUAUGAAAUCAGCACUGCUGGUGCUAUGGUAUCUUUUAAAUGAGCACUGUGUACUUUAUUUCCCAAGUUCAUUCCUUACUGCAGUGCUUUUUGUGGCAUAGCGCUGUCAAAAACUAAAGACACAUGAUCUGUUGCUUUGCCUGAGUGGGGCCAUCAAUACCAUACAGUAAGUAUAAAUAGACCUCCAAUUAUUUCAUUUGAACUACUUGAAGUAUUAUGUUUAAUUAAAUAAAAUCAUCAA